ACGACCCUGGAAGAAGCUUGAGCCGAAGCUCGUCUGUUUGUGUUUUAUUUUUUGACAAAAACGGCGAGUUACGAGAACCAAAUGAAUAUAAAUAUUUGGGGUUGGGAUUAAUUUAACUACAAAAGAUGGUAGUUAACAUUGAGUCAACUCGGAAACCGAUUCAACUCGUAAAACUCAACUACGGAGAAGAAUGUCUUUACUGGUUCGGUAGCUAGCUAGCGUUAGCAUUAAGGAUGGGAAGCAUCAAAAUAUCAGCCUAUCUACAAUGACUGAAUCGUGACAUUGUUGUCUCUCGAAAAAAAAUACGGCGAGAAAAGAGAGUUUCGUAUGUGCCUUUAGCUACCUCCGAGACGUGUCGAGGCUGUUUACAUGAUGAAGAAUUGCGAGUACCAGCAGAUCGACCCGCGGGCGCUGGCUGUGUCGCCCUCGUCGGCACAAAACCACACCGAGAAGAAAGCGCGGCGGCCGCGGAGGAAAUGGGAAGCGUUCCCUGGGAAGAACAGAUUUUUCUGCAAUGGACGGAUCAUCCUGGCCAGACAGAGCGGUGUCCUCCCUCUGACACUGGGCCUUAUUGUUGUCACUUGUGGCCUUUUCUUUGCAUUUGAUUGCCCAUUCCUGGUAGACCAUCUGACCGUCUUCAUACCGGUGAUUGGUGGGGUACUUUUUGUGUUUGUGGUCAUCUCCUUGUUGAGAACCAGCUUUACAGACCCAGGCAUCCUACCCAGGGCCACCCCAGAUGAAGCUGCAGACAUAGAGAAGCAGAUAGAUACCUCAGGAUCAUCCACAUAUCGGCCUCCUCCACGGACCAAGGAGAUCCUCAUCAACCAGCAGGUGGUAAAGCUUAAAUACUGCUUCACUUGUAAAAUGUUCCGACCUCCUCGGACCUCCCACUGCAGCCUGUGUGACAACUGUGUUGAGCGAUUUGAUCACCACUGCCCAUGGGUGGGGAACUGUGUUGGCAAGCGCAAUUACCGCUUUUUCUACAGCUUCAUCAUCUCUCUGUCUUUUUUGACCUCUUUCAUAUUUGGCUGUGUCAUCACACACAUUACUCUGCGUUCUCAAGCAGGUAAAAGCCUUGUCCAAGCCAUCCAGGAGAGCCCUGCCAGUGUGGUGGAGUUGGUGAUUUGUUUCUUUUCCAUCUGGUCUAUUCUGGGCCUCUCAGGCUUCCAUACUUACUUAGUAGCCUCCAACCUCACAACAAAUGAAGACAUUAAGGGCUCGUGGUCAAGUAAAAGGGGUUCAGAUGACUCUGGGAACCCAUACAGUUAUAACAGCAUUAUAACCAACUGUUGUGUGACGUUAUGUGGCCCCAUGCCCCCAAGUCUGAUCGACAGAAGAGGAUUCCUGCCUCCUAAUGAGGCGGUCCCUGCUGCGUCUGUUUCGGAGAUAGAGCUGCCUCCCUUCGUGGCCAAGAAUGACGCACACAUGUGCACUCAGAGCACCAAGGACGUGCUGGAGAGGGUGGUCCACUCCUCUGACUUUCAUGGCCUGUGCCCUCCCAGCACCCCAAAAACUACUCCCUUAGGCCCGGAGAUUUUCAGCAUCGCAGCACCCUCCACAGAGCCUUCGCCCUCAGCUGGCUGCACACGACAGCACGCCCACCAGUCCGCAGCUACCACUUGCCCUCUGUUCACCAAAAGCAGCAAGAGGGACUCGCUGCACUCCAUCAACCCGGCCUUCCGUUUGGCUUCUCCCUCACCAUCGCUUAGCCGCGUCACACUGAUCCUGGGCGAUGCACCUGAUAUUGGCUUUAUCCCACUGCCCUGAGGGCACUCAAGCUUUUAGAUAAUGGUGGUCAUGCUGUGUUGUCAUUUAAGUAUCUCAAGAUGUCAUUCUGAUGAGUUGAUGAAGCAUUACUCAGAAGGUUUUAAAUGUUCUGUGACUUACAUAACCAAUGUACUUCAGGAUGGAGGUAAAACUUAGUAACACUAGUAAGCACAAUAGAGAUAUUUUUUGAACAGCUUUUUAUUAAAACACCCAGAACAUGCCUCCUCAUCUUCCAUAGAACCUCAAGCCAUAAAUCACAGCUGCAGUGUUUAAUUUCCUGCUAAUAUCUUAUGCAAACAGGUCUUUAAAUCUGGGAAGUAUAUCUGUGGAUGCAAGAAGUGCAAAAACAAAAGUUUACUGAAGUGGCACGCUCUGGAAAAUGAGCCAUUUCAGGAUCGAUAACUGGAGAAGUUAGCCUUAUGUCAUGUCAUUUAAAUCUACUUCAUCCCAGUGUCAUCGGGUGGAUCCAGUUUGACAGUCUUAAGAUGAACAAUCAGAGUUUGAAGGGGGACAAAGUGCAGUCUUCAUUUUAUUUUGAAUCUCUGUAAAUCAAAGCUUUUGCUCUAAUUUGUCAUCAGUUCUGCAUGUCUUUUGCUUUUUUUUAAUGUACGAGGUGUUUUUCUUUAGGAGACUGCAAUGGAAAGAUGACACAAAAAAAGAUCGAACUGAAAUGUGUAGCAUAUCAACUUUUUUUUUUUUUUUAAAUGUCCACUUAGUUGCUUUAUCUCAUUUGUUGGAUGUCAAACCCAGGUAUUUGAUUUAAAUCAAAAUUGUAUCUGCUGCUGCCUGCUGGGGCUUGUAUUGCAGUAUUUAUAGUAUACACAUUGUUUUCUAUUAAUGUGACCUACUGGGAUGCUCUCAGUACGAGUGGGCAUCUGCUUUUCUUUGCCUAAACAGCACGUUGCUCAUCAUAAGUGUAUUUGCGAUCACAGCGCAGGCUUUAUGUAUUGGCUGUUCCAAGCAGAGACAUGUUUUAGGAACAUUGAUGAGGCCUCUUUACAUUUCAUAGCUGUGACCUUUUCCUGCUCUUACAGCUUGGACCCUGGCCCCCCCUCUAUUUGAGACGGUGGAGUACAAUUUCUUAUGAGUGUGAAUGGCAAGAGUUAGUUUUUGCCAGUAGGGGGCAGGAUGUGAGUAAGGAUUGCAGUCUAGUCAAGCAACAGCUUAGAAACUGUUAGAAAAAAGGCCUUUUGAUUUAUUUAUUUUUUAUAACUGGAUGUUGAAGCUGUACAUAGGUUGUGGGUCUGUGAAGAAUGACUUUGCCAUAGUCAGUAGGAUCGUCCAUUUAUCAGUCUGCAUCAAGAACCUGUAGGUUGUGUAGACCAUUACAAGCAGUGCUUGUAUGAACAAACUUGUUUGUAUUUUGUAGGAUGUAACAGUGGAGCUGUGACAUUUGGUCAAUAAAAAUGAUCAGUUUUGUUCAC